AUGUCAUCGGAGGCUAUUCAAUCGAAACGAUCUUGGCUCAUCAAGGUACCCUGCACCUCGGCUAACAUUGGCCCUGGCUUCGACGUCCUCGGACUUGCUUUGUCGUUAUACUUGACUCUCGAAGUUUCUUUGGACCCUCACUCGACUGACCAAACGCUACGGGUCCCUAAGCUCGUCUACGAAGGAGGUUUUGGAGCCAGCGACGCGCCAACUGACCCAUACCACAACCUGAUCACUCGGGUGGCCCUUUACGUACUUCGUUCACAUUCGAUUUCGACCUUCCCGUUCGGACUGACGAUAAAGAUCAAUAAUGAGAUCCCCUUUGGGCGUGGCUUGGGCUCCUCCGGUGCAGCUGUCGUCGCUGGAGUCGAACUGGCCAACGCACUUGGCGAUCUGAACCUGCCCACCGGUCGUAAAUUAGAUUAUGCGCUCAUGGUCGAGCGUCAUCCGGAUAACGUCGCCGCGGCUCUGCUCGGCGGCUUCGUCGCCUCGUAUCUCUCCGAGUUGUCCCCCGCCGAUCUUGAGGCGGCAUCAAUACCUCUUUCGGAGGUACUCCCUGAAUACCCUCCUGACGCCGGCGAAGAUUGGGGCCGCUCUCCCCCCAGAGCACCCGAAGGAAUCGGGCAUUAUAUUCGACUGAACUGGGCAAAAGAGAUCAAGUGUCUGAUGGUCGUGCCAGAAUUCGAAGUCUCGACCAGUAAGGCCCGAGACGUUCUCAAGGAAUCUUACUCCCGCAAAGACAUCGUCUUCAACUUUCAAAGAUUGGCCGUUUUGACGACUGCACUUGGCCGAUCACCCCCAGAUGCAAAGCUUAUCUACCAGGCCAUGCAAGACAAAAUCCACCAACCAUACCGGAAAACAUUAAUCCCCGCAUUACCGCGAUUGACACAAGAGUUGACGCCGGAGAAAUAUCCAGGAUUAUUAGGGAUUUGUCUUUCGGGUGCUGGACCUACGAUCCUCUGUCUAGCAACCCAUAAUUUCGAGUUAAUUGCCAACGAAAUCAUGAAUGUAUGGAAGACUGAGGCUAAUGCAGACUGUUGGUGGAAAGUCUUGGAAGUCCGACAGAAUGAUUCAGAUACAAGCCAGGAUUUUGGCGGUAGUUCGGUCACUGAAAUCAGUCCUGAUGAAUAG